CCCAUUUCUCUCCCUCCUCCUCAGCCUCAGGUGGUCGAGAGGACUCCACCUCUCCGCUGCCGCUAUCCCCGCCUCGCGCCGCGCCACCAUGCCGCUCCUCGCCGCCGCCGCGGCGGUGGCGCCGCCGUUGUCUUCCUUCCACUCGCUCUCCCUCUCCUCACGCGGACUCCGGGUCCCCUCCCCCUGCGAGGCCCGCCCGCGCGCGCCGCUCCGGCGCGGGGACCUCGCCAUCCGCAUGGGCGGCGGCCCGCGCACGUUCCCCGGCGGCGUCUCCAAGUGGCAGUGGAAGCGGAUGCAGGCGAGGAAGGCCAAGCAGCUGCUCAAGGCGCGCCUCGCCCGGGAGCGCCAGCUCUACGAGAUGCGCAAGCGCGCCGAGCUCCGCGACGCCGCCGCGCACCUCGAGCGCCCCUGGGACCCCGACGCCUCCGACUCCGCCGCCGCCGCGGCGGCGGCGCCCAACCUGCUCUCCGUCGCGGCGGACGACCAGAUGAAGGCGCUCGCCGACCGCUUCCACCGCCCCGGCGGCGUCGACCUCUGGAACGACCGCGACGGGCCGCGGGUCUUCGCGGCCCCGGACACCGGCAGGGCCUCCGCGCGCUUCUUCCCCAAGGGAUCCGUCCAUAGCGUUCAGCCCUACGGUCUUGUCAAUGGUGGCCUUGAGAGCACACUGGCUGCUCGCGGUAACCCUUCCGAUGCGACGGACCGGAGUCACCGCCACCGCCUGCAAGGUGUUCGUGAGAAUGCGGCCAAGAAGGAAAUGCGUGGUGUUGGUGGUGAUCGUGAGCCUGCGGUUGAGUACAUCGAAAGGGGUGGAGUGUGGGAGCCAGUGAGUAACUUGGAUGGUGGCGACGACGACGAUUCUAGCGACGGUGGAUGGAACGAUGACAUUGUUACCUCGGACUUGGAGGACAUGGGGGAUGUCGAUUUGCGACCCGAGCAAAGAGCAAUGGUUGGGAGAGAUAGAAGGAAAGAUAAUGUGGCAAGGUGGGAAGCUACAACAUCUGUAGCCAUCGGUAGCGAUGGUGUUAGGGAUCAGCGUGGCAAUGGCUUCUCUUUGGAACCAGAAGGCACAAGUGAAUAUCAUCUUGGUCAAAGCUGGCAAGAGAGAAAUAGUGGGAGUAGAGGGAAACGUCCCGCAGGGAGAAGGAAGGCCUUGAACACCGAUGGCGGUAGCGCCAUUGGGAAGGAUCGAGUGGUGGGUGGCAGUUCAUUCUCCGACUCUGAGGUAACACGCAAUGGUUUUGAACCAAAAUGGAGAUCCACGACUAGAGGGCGCACAACGAAUGAUGUUAGGAGGUGGAAUCCCCCCAACGAAGGCGGUAGGAAUGUUCCUAGAAAGGGUUGGACGGAUGAUGAGUUUGGUUCAAAUUCAGACAGUGGAAUGGAUCACAAGUUGAUGCCAAAAUGGAAAACUCAGAACAGGUUGAACCGAAGCGAAAAUGGCAGAGAUAGACCGGAGCUGAAAUAUAUGGCUAAUACCAACAAUGGGGAGAGGACUAGGAGGUACAUGAGGGGCAGCGAUGGUGAGGGAAGAAGAGAUCGGUUUGUUAAUCGCUUCGCCUCAGAUUUGGAGGAGCCAGAAUGGAAGCCAAGAAGAAAGAGUGGAGCAGGCAACGAUGGUGAUGGAAGAAGAGAUCGGUUUGUUAAUCGCUUCGCCUCAGACUUGGAGGAGCCAAAAUGGAAGCCAGGAAGAAAGAGUGGAGCUAGGAUGAACAUUGGCAACAGAGAGUACAUCGAUGACAUGAAUGGGAGAUUCAGGAGGGGUAGCGAUGGAGAUGGCAUGAAUGGGAGAUUCAGGAGGGGUAGCAAUGGAGCCGCGAGAUUGUUGGAUGCUAUGGACAGCAACAGAGAAAUCGGCAGUGAGGAUGAUAGCUACAGGAUGAGCAGAAAUGGAGGACAGCGCAGGGGAGACGGGUACUCGCUACGCCCAACGUCAGAAUUGCACAACUCUCGGAGGCUGAGGGAAUCAAAUGAAAUGUAGUUCUUUUUUUCUUCUUCUGAUAGAAAGAUGAAAUGUAGUACUAGUAUUUUACAAUGAUGAUAAACAAAUAACACACGCCCUGUGCAGACUAACUUCUAGGAGUACAACCCAUUCAUCUGUUCAAUAGCAGUGUACAGCACACGCCACUUGCUUUUGUUCAGAUUAUGCGACGCAACGCAGAAAUCAUCGCCUUGCUGAC